UUUUUUGGAUUAUCGGAAAUUUAUUUUUUAUGUCGACUAGAUCACUGGUAGAUAUUCAUAAACUGUUUUUUCUUGUAAUUUUACUUUUUCUUUGCAAUGAAAUUUUUCUUCUAUUUUUUUCAAAUAUUGGAUAUGUUGGCAUUUUGUUGAUUAUUAUUCCAUUUCGCAUUUGUCGGCAUUUGUAAAAUUGACAUUUUGUAGCCUUUAUAGAUAAAAGCGGUGACAGAGAAAUAGCACACAUACGAGAG